GCGGCGGCCGAGGGGAGGCAGGAAGGAAGGAAGAGGGGCGCGGCGCGGCGCGCUGCACUGCACUGUGGGUGCCGCUCCGCCGCCGCUGCCGGCGGGAGCCAUGGCGCUGUCGCGCGCGGAGCGGUGCCUGGCGCUGCUGCUGCGCCUGGUGUCCCGCGCCUGCCUGGCGCUGCUGGCGCUGGCGGCGCGCGCCGCCGCCGCUGCGGCCCCCGCCGGCCCCGGCCCCGGCCCCGGCCCCGCGCCGCGCGCCGUCCCGCCGCCGCGCCGCGCGCUGCUGCUGGUGCCCGCGGGGCAGCUGGCGCGCCGCAUCCGCGCCCGGCAGGUGAAGUGCGUCGAGGUGGUUGAGGCUUACAUCGAGCGCAUCAGGGAGGUCAACCCGCUCACCAACGCCGUCGUCAAGGACAGGUUCGAGGAGGCCCUGGAGGAAGCCCGGCACGUGGACGAGCUGCUUUCAGAGGGCCCCAGUGAUGAAUCCCUGGAGGAGAAGUUCCCCUUCUUGGGGGUUCCCAUCACUGUCAAGGAGGCCUUUGCUCUGAAUGGGAUGCCCAAUACGUCCGGCCUGGUCAGCCGCCGCAACGUGAUCGCCACAUCGGAUGCCGUGGUGGUGUCGCGACUGAAGCAGGCGGGCGCGAUCCCACUGGGUGUGACCAACUGCAGCGAGCUGUGCAUGUGGUAUGAAUCCAGCAACAGGGUCUACGGCCGGACGAACAACCCUUACGACCUGCAAAGGAUUGUGGGCGGCAGCUCAGGUGGGGAGGGCUGUGUCCUGGCAGCUGCCUGCUCGGUGAUAGGUGUGGGCUCCGAUAUCGGUGGCAGCAUCCGGAUGCCUGCCUUCUUCAAUGGAGUCUUUGGCCAUAAACCCACUACAGGGGUGGUGCCCAACGACGGCCAGUUCCCAAAUGCUCGGGGGGUGCGGACGAGCUUCCUGUGCACGGGGCCUAUGUGCCGUUAUGCAGAGGACUUGGAGCCUAUGUUGAGGGUCAUGGCUGGGCCUGGAGUCAGAAAGCUGAAACUGGAUGAAAAAGUGUCACUGGAGAAAAUAAAAUUUCACUGCAUGGAUCAUGAUGGCGGGUCCAUUUUUGUGUCACCUGUGGACAAGGAGAUCUUGCAGGUGCAAAAGAAGGUGGUGGAGCACCUUGAAGGUGAGCUGGGGAUCCAAGUUCGGCGCGUGGCAAUCCACAAAAUGAAGUAUUCUUUCCAGAUCUGGUCAGCCAUGAUGUCUUCCAAGGACAGCGAUGGGCAGGAGGCACAGCUAUUCACAGACCUGCUUGGGGAUCAUGGGAAGCCAGUGUGGCCGCUGUGGGAGUUGAUGAAGUGGCUUGUGGGGAUGUCUUCCCAUACUUUCCCAGCCAUUGCCCUAGGGUUGACAGAGAAGCUGGUGAAACUCAACCCUGGUGGGAAUGCCAAGCUGGUGAGCAUGGGGAAGAGCCUGCAGGAUGAGAUGGAGACCUUACUGGGACCAGAUGGGGUGCUGCUGUACCCUUCUCAUCCCACCGUGGCUCCCAAGCAUCACUCUCCGUUGUGCAUGCCCUUCAACUUUGCCUACACAGCUAUCUUCAACGUCUUGGGCUUGCCUGUGACACAGUGCCCGCUAGGCCUAAGCAGCGAGGGCCUGCCGCUGGGCAUCCAGCUGGUUGCAGCUACCUACAACGACCACCUGACACUGACAGUAGCCCGGUACUUGGAGAAGGCCUUCGGAGGAUGGGUGUUCCCUGGGAAAGCCUAGCAUGGGUUCCCAGGACUCUGAGGAGGCAGGGACAGAGACGGUUGUGUUCACAAAGGCUGGCUACAGGUGCUGAUUUCUGAUACUGUCACAGCACUACCUGCUCCCUUGGCACAGGGAGAAGCUGGCCAGCCCCAUGUCUCCACCCUGUGAGCAGUGCAGGGAUGUGGGGAAACCUCACUGUUCCCACUGGAGCUGUCUCCUCCCUGCAGCACCAUCUGCAAGGGGAGAGACCUGCCCUCCCUGUGGUUCCUCAGGAGCCCCUGAUGCCCUGCACUCUGAGCGAACAGCACAUGUCCUGUCUGGGGCAGGCACUGAUGUUUCCCUAGACACGGAAAGCACUCUUUCUCUGUAAUGCUUGCUCCUUUAAAGAUGCUGGGUGAAGGCUAGAGAGAGGGGGCUGGCAGGGGCUUGGGUGCUGCUGGACUGCCUGGGGACAACUUCCCAGCACCAUGUUGGGACUCUUCUGGGCACAUUCAUCCUUUCACCUCUGUGUGUCCCUACUCAUGUGGCUGAGAUUGCAUGCCAGUGACCUUCCUGCACCAGGGGCUUGCUGGCCCCUGCAGUCCCUCUGGACUUAGAGAGGGCGAAGGGUUUUUCUCCCACACCGUGACCAGGAGGAGAGGGGCUGCUGAUGCUGAAAGUAUAGCUGUUGGUGGCUUUACGAUCCAUCUCUUACUCACUGCAGCUCUUUUGUGGGGUGAACAGCAUUCUCGGCUCUUUCCUUUGCGCUCUGCCUUGAGUGGAGCUAAUGAGCAAGGGAGGAAGAGCUUUUUUUUGCGAAGGAGGUGCUCUUUUAAGCCUUUGACAGCACUGGCAGAGCUAAACAUCUGCGGCCCAUUUUCUCAUCCCCUUUCAACCCAGUGGGCUGGAUGUUUGUGGUCACCCAGCUUGAUGGGCUUCCCCUGCUCCUGCUGCCCAGCCUCCUGAGGUGUCGGCAGCUCCUGACUUCUGCUGUCCGGCCUCUCUCCUCCCCCACCAUAAAUGGAUGUAUGCAGAAAUGUGGGCUGCUGGCCAUUUCGGGGGGGCGGGGUGGGGGGCCAUGAAUGUGCACAAGAUGUACAUAAUGAAGAUGGUAUUAAAGAGUCUAUCUGUCCAGUC